AUGGCGGUCCGAGAAGCCUUUAACCCAAUUGAAGCAGUCUUUGGCAAAAUAGACGUCUGGGUCAACAACGCUGGGUAUCAAAACGUCAACCAACCCAUUCUGGAUAUCGACAUCAACGAGUGGUUCAAGUGCUUUGAGAUCAAUGUCAAAGGCAGCUUCCUGUUCGCGCUCGAGUUUCUGCGGCUUUCUAAGCCCGACGCCGUCUUGAUCAUUCUCUCGAGCAUUUUGGCGCACUACGGUGUGAGGCAGGGCCAUUGUACGGGACACAGUGGCCACUCGGCGUCAAAGACAGCAAUUACAAAGGCUAUGGACAUCAUACAGGAAGAACUACCCACUGUCCGCAUCGUCAAUUUGCACCCAGGUCUGAUUGCCAGGGCCAUGUCGGCAAAAAUAGGAAACACUGCGGUUUCUAUGGAUUCUGUCGACCUACCGGCUCAUUUCGCCGUUUGGCUUGUAAGUCCUGAGGCGGAAUUUCUGAAAAGUCGUCUGGUAUGGGCCAAUUGGGAUGUGGAAGAAAUGAAAACGAGGAAACAGGAGAUCUUAGAAAAGGACCUUCUACGGUUAGAGCUGACAGGCAUAUAA